UUGUUGAUAAUCCAUUCCUUCAUAGUGCUUAUAACAUAUCUAAUUAUAUUGUCAGACUAAUAAAUAUGGGAAAAGUGCUCUUCGUAUGUUUGGCUGCGGUUUUCAUUGUUAGCUGCUCGUGUGAUGGAGCAGAAAUUGGCGCAUUAGCAACUCGCAGGGGCGAGUUUAACAUGUACUACGUUUACUCACGUGAUAAUCCACAUUUGCCCACUAGGGUAUAUCCCACUGUGCAGUCGGCAAACAUUGACGCUCGCGACUUCCGUAGCAUGGUUGUAGUCCUGGUGCAUGACCAUGGGGGGAGUCAUGGAACUGCAUUGGACAACUAUGUAAAAUUUGCACUAUUGUCUACCGAGGACGUCACGAUCAUAGUGGUCGACUGGUCAUUGGUUGCUAGUAUGUCAUAUGCGAACGCUGUAGCGCAAGCGCCCAGUGUCGGUGAAAACAUAGCUCAACUCCUUCAAGUCCUGGUUCAGCGCAGACGAGUCACCUUGGCCAACCUGCACAUGGUUGGUUUUGGCCUCGGCGCUCACAUCGUGGCUCUUGCUGCUAGAAGCGUAAAUGGCGUAGUCGCAAGGAUUACUGGAUUGGACCCAUCUAAACCCCAAGGAGUUUUGAAUCAUGCAUAUUUGAGGCCUGGUGAUGCUGCUUAUGUGGAAGUGAUUCACACUGAUGGAGAAGGCGAAGACGCUAAUGACAUUGGAAUACCUAUUGGCAAUGUAGAUUUCUUCCCUAAUUGGGGCACUAAUCAGCCUGGAUGCACCGAUAAUGCUUGCAACCACAUAAGAUCAUAUGAACUGUUUGCUGCUUCUAUAUCUGACGGAAAUCUAUUCGGAAGACUAUGCCGCUUGAAUGUGGAGCCAUCAUUAGAAAACUGUCCUGGAAGUAGACUUGCUUUGGGCACAAAUACAUUGAUUAAAUACAACGCUGGGUCAUUCUUUCUACAAACUGGCAGCACAUAUCCUUAUGAUGAACUUGAUUAAGAUGACGAUGAUCGUAUAGAUGGUAAUGAUGGUGAUAUUAAUUAAAAAGAAAUAGGGUUGGGUGUAAUGGGAGAUUUGCUAUCCUAUUUGUAUAUUGUCAUACUCUAAUUGUAUUAUACAUCCAAGAAUUUUCUACCUUAUCGGUAAAGCUGUAUAUUUUACAACCUGUUUGAUAUUUAUUUUAUUUGUAUUUUAUCUGUAUUAUUGCAUUUUAUGGGUACUUAUUUCUUUUGCGCAAUAAAAUAUUUUUCAUCGA